UCCCGACCACCUCGCGUCCAUUUCUAUAGCUCGACUGUCCGGCUGUCCCCUGACCUCCCACGCUCGAAGCGGAGCAGCUAGGGUUUGCUCCAAUCACGAAUACUAAACCCUACCACUCUCCCCCUACUAGGUAAUCUAGCCGCUACGCUUCGCCGCCCACUUCGAUCCGGAGCUAGGGUUUCGUCGUUCUCUGAGCUCCGCGUGCGGUGGUUCCCGUAGCAGGUGCUGCCGUGGUGGUGGUCGCGUCGGCGCCAUGUCGGGGUACGGGGAGGAGAACCAGAACGCCAUGAACGGGUACGAGGAUGACGACGAAGAGCCCGAGGAGGUUGAAGUGGAGGUUGAAGAAGAAGUUGAAGAGGAGGUGGAGGAGGAAGAGGAGGAGGAGGAGAGGACCGCGGCUGAGGCGACUCGAGACGGAGGUGGAGGGGAUGCCGUUGUUAACUCAGAAGCUGGUGGCGAGGAAGGGAAGGACGUGGCUGCGGAGCCUGCUGACGGAUCGGGAAACGUUCAGUAAGCACUUUCAGAAAUACGGAGCUAUAACUGAUUCUGUCAUCAUGAAGGACAAGCAUACCAAGAUGCCUCGUGGAUUUGGGUUCGUUACUUUUUCGGAUCCAUCUGUGAUUGACAGGGUUUUGGAGGAUGAGCAUACUAUAGAUGGAAGGACGGUUGAAGUCAAAAGGACUGUCCCGAGAGAGGAAAUGUCAACAAAAGAUGGGCCAAAGACAAGAAAGAUAUUUGUUGGUGGUAUUCCAACAUCUCUAACUGAAGGUAAGUUAAAGGAGCACUUCUCCUCAUAUGGGAAGGUGGAAGAGCAUCAGAUUAUGGUUGACCAUAGUACUGGGCGUUCACGAGGCUUUGGCUUCGUCACCUUUGAAAGUGAGGACGCUGUUGAAAGGGUUAUGUCGGAGGGGAGAAUGCAUGAUCUUGGAGGGAAACAGGUUGAAAUAAAAAGGGCUGAGCCAAAGAAACCUGGUGGGGGCGAUUCGAGCUCUAAUGGCAGAUAUGGUCAUGGCGGUGGUGGCCCCCGUAGUUCCUACCGCAGUGGAGGUGGCGGCAGCGGUGGAGGUCGUUCUGGGAGCAGCGGCAGCGGCGGCGGCGGCGGCGGCGGCGGUGGCGGCGGCUAUGGGUAUGGAGCUGACUAUCGAUCAGCUGCUGCAGCCUAUUAUGGCAGUGCAGGAUAUGGUGCCUACGGCAGAGGCUAUGGUGCAUAUGGAGGCUAUGGUGCGUAUGCUGGUAACCCUGCCUCUGGUUAUGGUGGUUCUAUAUAUGGAGCUCCGUAUGGUGCCUAUGGGGCAUAUGGGGGUGCGUACGGAGGUGGCGCAUAUGGUGCACCUGGCGGCUAUGGUGCAGGAGGGUAUGGUGGCUACGGGGGAGCUGGAAGCACGGGAGGUGGUGGGAGUGCGAGUGGUCGAGGUUCGAGCAGGUACCACCCAUAUGGAAAAUGAGUAUCAGCUAUUCACAGCGGGCUCACAGAUUUGAUAAUAAUAGAUCUACACCUUGCCCUCAGUUCUGCUAACGAGAAGUUGAAAACACCCUGCGGCAUCAGAACAUUUUUUAAUUUUGCAUUGCAUCGCAAUAUCAGGUAACAAGAAACGUCGAUUCUAGUCGCUGCUGAAACACCCUGAGCUUUCUGUAGAAGCUUCAGCAAAAACUACUGUGUUCAUUACUGAACUUAUGAAGCCUUUAGAACCCUCAAACUUGGAACCCAACUUUGUGGUAGAAACAAUAUUUAUGUGAUGGCACGGUGUAUUGCUAGUGCUAUGUAGCAUUCACUCACUAUGCAGCAACUGUUGACAUUUCUGCUACUGAAGAGAUUUGACUUGCUCUAGUUGGUGUCGUUUGA